AUCGAUAACUCCUGCAUUGUUUACUUCUGGCGCAAUUUAAAUAUUCAUUUUAUUAAAUAUGGUAACGCGGCAAUUGCAUUCCGCCAUCUUCGGCACAUGCGGCCUUGAGGAGGAGUCCCUGGUAGAGAUCUCCGGUCCGGCGGACAGCGGCAAAAGCCUGGUGCUCCAGCAAAUAAUGGCCCACUGUUUGGCGCCCUACGAAUUUGGUGGUCGCCAGUGGAGCGCCCUAUUGAUUAACCUCAGUCACAAGAUUAACCGGGAAUCCCUGACCAAGAGCAUGACGACGGAGCUGAGAGCGUAUUCCGACGGAGAUGGAGGAGGAGCGGCAGCGGCACAGGAAUCACCGCCGGAGGAGCAGCUGGCGAAGAUUGCCGGAGAAUGCGUUAAGCGCGUGCGAUUCCUCAACUGUUUCUCCAACGAGGAUGUACAAACUGCCCUAAUCGAUGCUCGCUAUGCCAUCAUCAAUGAUCCCGACGUGCAACUAAUUGCCCUGGACACACUCAGCGAAUUCUACUGGCUGGACUGGCCCAGGGGAAUGCAGAACUUGUCCAGAUUCAAGCACUAUCGGUUGUGGCAGGCGCGUCUGGAGAAGAUCUGCAAGGAGGCCAUCGUUUGCGGAAUGUACACGGUGGACUCUGAUUUCCUGGAGAACAGGCAUGGUGACCAAGUGCCGGAGGUUCGAUUAAACUACCAUUUCAGAAUGCAACAAAUUCGGGGGCGAAACUUCCUAAAUGGGUUGCCACUAUCUUUUAGUAAUGGGGUUUAUUUAGAUAGCUAACUAAUAAGAAAAGUAUACACCGAAUUACUUACUGUUUAAAAAAUUAGGAAGAACCUCAGAAACUAUUAGAUUUAUAUGAUUAUAUGUUCGGGGAGUUUCGUUGGUCUGUCAGUUGCCUUUAGCAAUGGCUUAAUUGAAUAGCAAGUACAAAGAUUUACCCGAUUUAGUCACUGUUUUAUGUAAAUAUACACUAUUUUUAGAUAUAUUUAUUUGUCUGUAUGGCAAAGAAACUGUUGGACCAGAAAAAUCUGAGAGGAGACGGUUAUAAAUGAGAUGCAAAAAGCAUUUCUGAUCUGAAGGUUCCACUCCGGGAUAUCAGAAACUAUUUAAGCUAGAU